UCGAACUUUAAGUGGCCUCUGCUGUUAAAUAGAACAGAAAGAAACCGAGCAGGCCAAGUUGAUGUAAUUCACCUUCUAUGCUCCUGAAAAAAAGAGGCUCAGAUGCUACAGGAUGGACGAGGCUCUUCCCAGCCUGAGCUCAGUUUCAGACUCUCUGGAAGCAGACAGUGAGGAGUUCCAGCUCAGAGUGGACUUCUUCAGGAAGUUGGGUUACACCCCAUCAGAGGUCAUGGCUGCUUUGAGGAAACUGGGCUUAAGCACAGACACUAAUGCGGUGCUAGGAGAGCUCGUCAGGAACAGAACCAGCAGUGUACCUUGCAUUUCCAGCUCUGACAGUGACGAGAGGAGCACAAGCCAAAAUGACUCCCUGCAGCCUCUCAGUUGGGCUCUUGGGUCCUGCAAAAACACAACGCAGCUGUGGGACCAAAACAAACCGGACGAAGAAUUGAGGCCUGUUGUUAUUGACGGCAGCAAUGUUGCCAUGAGUCAUGGCAACAAGGAAGUAUUCUCAUGCCGAGGGAUUCAGCUGGCGGUGAACUUCUUCCUUGACAGAGGUCAUACUAGCAUUACUGUGUUUGUUCCCAGCUGGCGCAAAGAGCUGCCCAGAGCUGAUGCUCCCCUGACAGAUCAACACAUUCUGCUGGAGCUUGAAAAAAGGAAAAUCGUUGUCUUUACUCCAUCACGCCGUGUUGGGGGCAAGCGAGUGGUUUGCUAUGAUGACCGCUUUAUUAUCAAAUUGGCGUAUGAGUCCGAUGGAAUAAUCGUAUCCAAUGACACCUACCGAGACCUCCAAGCAGAAAGACCUGAGUGGAAGAAAUGCAUUGAAGAGAGGCUGCUCAUGUACUCCUUUGUGAAUGACAAGUUCAUGCCCCCAGAUGACCCUUUGGGUCGCCACGGCCCCAGCCUUGACAAUUUCCUUCGGAAAAAGCCUCGUCCUACGGAGCAAAAGAGACAACUCUGUCCAUACGAAAAAAAGUGCACAUAUGGCAUAAAGUGUAAGUUCUACCAUCCUGAGCGGGUAAACCAACCCUAUCUGUCUUUGGCUGAUGAACUGAGAGAGAAAGCCCAGAUUUCUACUGUAAAAGAAGAGAGAAAUGCCAGAUUGUCACCCAGACAGCUUCAGUCUGAUCCCGCACUUGCUCAAAAUGCCUAUUUUCAUCCUCGAGACUCCAACACAGAGCUCAAAAGAGAUCAGCAGACUUCCUCACCCCCUUCUCAGGUUAGUGAAAAUAAGCUGCUGUACUGGGAGGAUCCUAGACACAAUCCAAAUCACAUGCCGUGUUCUGUAACAGGAACCCAGUGUCAGAAAGAGUGGCCUGGGUUGCACUUGAUGCCAAAUCAUUACUAUGCCAACAUGUCUCAAGAGUACCUGGAUUCGGGCCUUGGCUCUUUUGAGAGUCAGUACUCUGAUAUUUCGCAUUCCCUCUGCAACUCAAAGAAGCUCAGGCCGCAGUAUCAGAGUGCUCCUCCUGGAGCCACAAAUUCUCCGUUACAUUUAGAGAAAAAUAACACCAAUCAGCCUUGCAAGUGCUGUUCGCAUGCAGUGCCCUCGACAGUUCACCAGCAACUUCAUGGAAACAUGGACUCUCAGGCACAACCCCAAUACAGCGCCUAUCACCCAAAUGCCCUCACACCCACUGCAUCCCACCAGCGCAGCCUCCCCAGCCAUUUCCAGUACAGUGGAGGCACCCAUGUUCAGCAACAUUACUGGUCAGAUCCUUUUCAGGGGUUACCACAAGCCAGCAGACCAAAUAGCCUCCCUUCUUCAACUCGUUCUUCACACUACCACAAUUCUUGCUGCUCUAGCAACAGUCAUCAGUACUAUUCAAGGGGACAACAACCAUCUUCUGCUGCAUUUGACUCACAAAGGUUAGAACUCCGCAACAAGCUCAAAGCUAUCUUCAACCCACAUCUGGUGGAUACUGUCAUGGAAAUGUUUCCAAAUCUGAUGAAUGCUGAGAAACUAGCUGCAGAGAUACUGAAGCUGAAAGCCCAAAGAGAUCUUUUCUGAUUAUUCUUCUUUCAGACCUGUCAUUACUACUUGCCUUGACCUCAAUAGCAUCCUUAUCACCUCUUCAGAAGGUCGCAUAGUGCCUAUAGCUGAGUCAUUUAAAAACUAAUUCUGUGCAAUGUGCUAUUAUACUGUAAAAAUGAAACAUUUUGUUUUAUUUAUGAAUGAUUUAGUUAAUCUGUUAUAGGUUAUAUAUUUUUUUAUGACACUGGAGUCAUAUGGCUUUGUCAUCCAUGUUUUGGAUAAAAAGUGCCUCUAGAUGGAAAACGGUUACAUUUAUGCAUAUUUGUUUAUGCAUAUUGCAUCAAAGUUAAUUAGUUUUAAGUUCUCAUGAAAUAACCUGUUGCUGUACUAUGUGCUACUUUUAAUCUUAGUUCUUCAGAAACAGCCUGCAGACAAGUAUUAUCCUUUUAAGGGACAGUUGCAGUAUACUAAAAAACACUGGCAGUCAGUCCAGAAAAGUAUCCAGGCUUCCAAAUAUUAUUGAAAGUAAAGUAGCUGAGAUACCACAACAAAAGAAAAAUGAAACGCUAAUUAUGUAGGUGAGCUAUAAAAACCUUUAUGAACUAUGGAUACAGCCACCAUGACAUAACCCACUGGUUUGGGAAGUCAAUUUUUGAGAGCAUUUUUGCUGUUGCUAUCUUGCUUUUGUUUUUGUUUUUGUUUUUUAAACAAACAUGACAAGUGAGGACGGAGAAAAUGAGGACACCAAACGCUCAUGCAAUGGUAACUUGUCACACAAGUUACACAGAAGGUAUUUUCAGCUGCUUUCUUAUCACCACAGUAGAUAGAUCUGCAUGUUUGACCUUCCUGAUGUAACCAGUACUAGGAGUGCAUUAACCCUGUGAGGUUGGCUUUAUGUCUCCUCUCCAUCUCAGGCCAGAGAGCUUUUACAUGUAAGGGUAACAUGUUAACCUCAGAGCUACAUCCUGCUCAUCUACUUCACUUUAAAGACAACACCACAAAAAGACAGCUAAAUAGAACUCCUGCAUGCUGUCUCUGUCAUUGCUCGUAUAUUUAAUAAAUGUUUGCAUCUAUCCAACCUUCAGCAUUUCAGAAAUUACAUCUUAAAUGUGCAGGCUUAAGGUAGUCUUUGAUCUCACCUCAACAUAAACUGGGAGCUAAAGAGGCAUUGAGUCAUCCACUUUACACCUCUGUCUGAGGUUUCCAAAAUAAAGUUAAUUGUUG